GCUUCAUCGCUUUCAAGUAACCUGCUCCCGCACAGAAUCCGCCACCACAAGUUUUACCGUUCCUUGCGCUCUGGACCCACCUCUAGUACUGCUUCUGCCGAGAUGACUUUCCUUCCGCCGUACACGUACAUGAGGGGCGAUGAACUCGUCGAGCUGAUCAAGAGUGAUGCUAAGCCACAUUCAGACUACGUCGUCAUCGACGUCCGUGAUGACGACCGUUUCGGCGGGCAUAUAGUCAACAGCGUGCAUUCGCCGUCAUACACGUUUCAAGAACAGGUGCAGGAUCUCGUGGAGAAGACGAAGGACAUACCGAAGGUCGUCUUCCAUUGUGCUUUAUCUCAAGCUCGGGGUCCGAAAGCCGCUCGGAUAUACUCUGAGCUUCGCAGCGAGCUGCAGGAGAAAGAAGGUAAAGACAAGGAUUUUGACGUAUACGUUUUGCGAGGCGGCUUCACAGAAUUCCAACUUCGCCACAGACAUGAUACCACGCUCAUAGAGAGCUGGGAUAACGAAGUAUGGAACAACCAAUACUUCUAAAGCCCCAAAUAAUUCGGCUACUCAGUAGUGAACGCCACAACCCUCCUUCCCCCAACCCUCUUAUCCAGUAGUCCCAACCUUUCCUCCGCCUGUCUUGAUCUAUACCAAUUUCUUGUCUCGAACACACCGACCGGUCCAAGCUAAGGGCGAACGCAUCAUCAUCGAUUCCGCGCGUCCGCGUCAGUAUCCGUCUUCGCAUCCUGAUUCGCGCGUCGCAGUCUCCGCUCUGCCAUUUGCUCAACCACCGUCCGCACCUGCUCACGUUCGCGCCUCAAUCCAGCGUUACAUCCAACCCAUGCACCAACGGAUACCAACACAAACGUGCCCAUUGCCCAAUUCGCAGCUACAAACGGCUUUGCAUUGAUGCCACGUACGAAUCCUAUCCCAACUCCCGCACCGAUACCCAUGAGGAGGCUUUUCCGCGCACAGGGGAUCUCUCCGAUGUGUUUAAAGUCAUUUACGGGUGAAAUUCUCUGUGCAGCGAGUUUCAGGUCUGUCCAUUUAUCCCCUGUGGUAAGCACUUGCUGAGAGACGAUGGGUUCUGCAUCCUCAGAUUUCGAUGAACUAUUUCCUUGUGGUGACGAUGAAGGUGUUUCUG